AUGCUUGGGGACAAUUGCGAAGACAGUUGGAAGUAUCGUUGGGAAGCAGCCGUACAGCAUCAUUUCGAGAGAAAUAUCAGUAUCGAGAAACUUUAUAAUAUUGAAAACGACCAUGUUUCUGCAGUGUUGCGAUCAAAUGUAGUAUUGCGGUCAAAUGCAACGUUGCGAUCAAAUGUAUUAUUGCGGUCAAAUGCAACGUUGCGAUCAAAUGUAUUAUUGCGGUCAAAUGCAACGUUGCGAUCAAAUGUAGUAUUGCGGUCAAAUGCAACGUUGCGAUCAAAUGCAACGUUGCGAUCAAAUGUAGUAUUGCGAUCAAAUGCAAUAUUACGAUCAGGUGCAGUGUUGUGA